UUUAAGAUUUUAUCUUGCUUAUUUACAGCAAUGACAGAUGGGUAUGGAUUGGAAUGAAUAAGAGGAGUCCAGAUUCUCUGGGAACCUGGCAAUGGAGUGAUGAUAAACCUGUAACUAGUGUUGUUAUGCCACUUGAUUAUCUGGAAGAUGAAUAUGAUACAAGAGACUGUGCUGCAUUAAAGACUUCUCAGUUUUCACGGAGAUCAUUUUGGAGAUUUUAUUUCCACGAAGGCAGAGACCUGGAAUUUUACUUUAAGCCUUUUGAUUGUGAAGCUAAACUUGAAUGGGUCUGUCAGAUAACAAAAGGUAGCACUCCAACAACACCUGAGUGGUAUAUACCAGAUGAAAUUGGAAUUCAUGGAGCACCACUUGUUGUUGAUGGAGCAGAGCUGUGGUUUGUACCAGAUAAAAACCUGAGCUUCCAGGAAGCUAUUUUCUACUGUCAAAAAAAUGAUAGUGAUUUAGCCUCUGUGGAGUCUUACCCCAAACUCAGGGCAAUACUAUCUCAAAUAGAAAAGUUAUCAAACAGCGAACAGAAGUGGUGGCUGAAGUUUAUUGAUUAUGGCUACAGUUAUCAUUCACCUUUACAGUUAUUUUCACGCUUCCAUGAUCGAUUCCUGAGAGAUUGCUGGUAUGUUUCUAGAAAAAACUGGUAUAGAGACUACCCAGUUAACUGUAAUGUGAAACUGCCCUUCAUCUGUGAAAAAAAUAAUGCCUCCUUACUAGAGAAACACGAUCCCAGUUACCGCCCAGUCAGAGGAGGUUGCCCUAAAGGUUGGCAUCAGUUCCGGAAUAAGUGUUUUCUAAAGAUGAAACCUGAAUAUUUAACAUUUAAUGCAGCUAAUGAAAAGUGUGUAACUUUUGGAGGCUCUCUGCCAUCUAUCUCAAAUCAAGCUGAGCAAGAUUAUAUAACGUCUUUGCUUCCUGGUAUGCCAAAAGAUAUUUGGAUUGGUUUGCAGUUUCUGUUCAGCACAAGGGAAAACAAAUGGAUAGAUGAGAGUAGACUGUUGUAUAGUAACUUUCACCCACUCCUGACAGGAAGAUUAAGGAAAAUUCCACUGGAUCUUUUUGAUGAAGAAUUUAACAAUCAGUGUGGUGUAAUCCUCAAUGAUCCUAAAUCACAGUAUGUUGGAACAUGGAAUUUCACUGCUUGUGCUGACAGGCAUUUCUUGGGUAUAUGCCAAAGGCCUAUAGGAGCUGCUGAUAACCAGACAGAGCAAGUCCUUAAUGAAACAUUGAGCUAUCAAAAUGUUCAAUACUUCAUAAUUCUGAAGAAUUUGUCCUGGAGCGAUGCAAUGACUGCAUGUGUAAAUAACCAGAUGCAGCUGGUUAGCAUCACAGAUCAGUUCCAGCAGGCUUUUCUUGCUGUUCAGGCUGCCCUUCGUAAUUACCCACUGUGGAUUGGACUCUUCAGCAGAGAUGGUGGAAGACAUUAUGGCUGGCUGGAUGGGAAACAAGUUAGUUUUAGUCGCUGGUCUGAAGAUGAUGAAGAAACAAGUGAAGAAUGUGUGGUUUUGGAUACUGAUGGCUUCUGGAAAACUUCUGACUGUUCCUCUGAAAAUCGAGGUGCUAUUUGCUAUGCAUCAGAAAAGAAGAUUGAAAAAGAACAAGCUACACAAGUUAAGUGCCCACAUAAGAUUAAGAAUACACCCUGGAUAUCAUUUAGAAACAAUUGUUACACUUUCAUGAUAACGAAAAAUAGAUGGAGAGAAAUGAAAUCUCAAGAAGCUCAUCAUUUAUGCAAGAAAAUGAACUCUGAAGCAUUUGUUCUGAGUGUUCGAGAUGAAGAAGAGAAUAACUUCGUUACUGAGCAGCUUCAUUCAUUCAGUGGUCUGGCUACAUGGGUCUGGCUGGGUGUGAUUUAUGAUGAUAGUGAUAAAGUUCUCAAAUGGUAUGAUGAAACUUAUCUGACUUACAAUAACUGGAGACUGGGAAGACCUAACAUAAAGAAGAACAGUUUUUUUGCUGGUGUAAAUCUUGAUGGCUUUUGGGAUAUUUAUAAUUACUCUCAAAGCUGGCAUGCUCAUCACUAUAAUGUAUACAGUAUUCUCGCCUGUAAAAUUGAAAGCGGACCCCAACAGCACAAGCCUCCAUUGCCCGAGUCUGUUCCACAUGGAAACAGAACAUACAGAAUCCUUCAGAAAAAGUUAACAUGGUAUGAAGCAUUGAGAGAAUGCAAACAAAAUGGGAGUGAUUUAGUAAGCGUACACAGUGAAUCACAGCAGUUAUUUCUAGAAGAUAUUGUCAAGCAGGAUGGCUAUCCUCUGUGGCUUGGGUUGUCGAUUCAUGAUGGAAGUAAAGCUAAUUUUGAAUGGUCAGAUGGGAGCGACUUUGACUACUAUCCUUGGGAAUUAGAAAACUCAAAUACUACUGAGAACUGUGUUUUGUUGGAUACUAGAGGAUUUUGGAACCGUACAAAAUGUACAAAUGUUGCUGAAGGUGCCAUUUGCUAUAGCCCUCCAAACAAAAGACAAUUACAGCCAAAGCCAGUGAGCAAAGCCCCAGGAUGCCCGCAGCUUAGCAGUACCCUACAAUGGAUGCAACACAAGUAUCAUUGUUACGCAUUUGACAUGGCAUUCUACAAUUUUUCAGUAUAUAAUGUGGAAGAUGCUAAGAAAGUCUGCCAGAAACUGAAUCCUUCAGCAACUCUUCUGACUAUAGUGGAUGCUGAAGAAAAUGCAUUUGUGAGCGCACACAUAAAGGAAAAUGAUCUCAUCACCAAGAACGUAUGGCUUGGCCUAGCUCAAAGCUCUAAGGAUCAGUCCCUGAACUGGGUUGAUGGCUCAUCAGUUAAUUAUGUCAACUGGGAAAAUAAAACUGCAGCAGUCAAUGAAAACUGCAGCGUUAUCCUGUCCACAACUGGCACGUGGUCCAAAGUUGACUGCAGUCGUAGUCAAAGCAGAGUGGUUUGUAAAGCUCCUUUAGGUUCUAAUCAUACCGGCGUGGCUGUAGCAUUUGCCCUGCUAAUUAUCUUAGUCUUCAUGGUCGGAUUAAUCUGGUAUCUCUAUAGAAAGAAGCGUUUUCACUGGAGUGCCUUCUCUUCAGUACGCUAUCAAAGAGGGGUGAAUGAUGAUGAAACUGAGGAUGUGUUCACUAAAGAUAGUUAUUGAGAAACUGUUCCUUCUGGGCAAUUUUGCAUGAACUUCACUGUGUGAAGCCGUAAGGAAGGAGCUACUUGAUGGUUUAUUACUUCUUUUUGGAAAAGUAAUAAGAAGGUUAUUAAUAGGUGGUAAAUUUUGUUCUUUUAUACAAGUGCAAUUUUUAUUCAAGUCCAUGGUAAUUACAUGUGGCCUCAGCCAUUUAGGUGCAAGGUUUCUAGAGUUCGAUGAUAUUUUUUAAUUUACAGUGUUCUCUCUCUUUACUGGAGAGAGUGGAAUAAUGCCAACAGUAGUUCAUGCAACAUCACGUUAAUGAAUACACUUAAAAUUGGUACAUGAAUUCUGUAACUUUGUACAAUUAUCCAUCAAUAACUUCAUGCCAAACGAUGCACCAUUUUGAUAUGCCAUAAGGGUUUUGCUGCUAGCAUUGGAUUAUGCUGUAGAAGCAGCUUUUGUAAUUAACAGUUAUAAAUUUUGAUAUAACGGGAGCAGGGAGUUAUCAGACAACCGAGUAUUUUUUCCCAACCAACUAGAAUUUAAAUAUUCUUGUUAUAGUGGAGGAAGAUCAUGCUGCGAUUUCCCCCCCACAAAAAAAAAAAAAAAAAAAUCAUAGUGGUGAGAGAAGAAUUUUCCUUAGAAUGUACAUUUUGUAUGAAGAGUUAGGAGGAAAACCUUGAGCUAAAGCUAUGCCAUCUAGGAAUAAAUUAGAGUAUUUAAAAGCUGAGACUGUGUUGAGCUGGCACAUCACUGCUCUUAUCCCCUGAAAGUGGUAGUGGGGCUAACAAAAAUACCCACUAAGGGCUUACUGCAAACACAAGCACAACUUGAGAUACAAUAAAAGCCUUAGCCCCAUAAAAAAGAAAGGCAUAAAUGUUUUAUCCUGUGACAUAAAUGAUUUUCAAGUAAUUGGCUCAAUUUCUUUUCACAGCUCCUUUCACGAAGUUUUGGAAGCACAAAUAGUAGGAAUGUUUACAGUGAGAAGUCAGUAUCUAGACCUAAGUAUUAAUUAAUUAAAGGUUAAAAAGCCUGCACUCGUAGUAGUACUUAGAGGAGGAGAUACCACAUUCUAUUGUACAUCUUAACCGACUCUGAAAUUAGACUAAAGUGAUUUUCUUGUAGAUCAAAACACAAAAGACCUGCUCUAUAUUAUGAUCCACUGCACUGUGACACCCAGGGACCAGAGUGUCAUGACAGUGUUCCUAGUUCUGUAAUGAGAUUCUCACAACAUUUACUUCCCCUAAUACUUCCUUAUUUUUACUAGGAUUAAAUACCUAACUAACUUGAUUGGGGAAAUAUGUCAUCUGUCUAGGAAACAUGAUAUACGUAGGGAAAGAGCCAGAAAGAACGUAUGGUAAAUAAACUUGUGCACAUAAAUGCUAAAAAUACUUGAGUAUUUUACCUAAAAUUUUAACUUUAUUUUUGUAUGUGAUGUAUGUGUCACUGUGGCCUUUUCUAUGUACUCCAAAGAAAGCUAUGAAGGGAAAAAGGGAAAACAAAAUUGCAUAUAUUAAUUACUCUAAUGAUUUAAUAUUUUGAAAAAGUCUUCACACUUUAAAUGCAUGAAUCAAAGAACAAACACUUUUAUGAAGGCGGAUGUGUAAAAGGCCACAUCCAUUCCCCAUGUAAUGGUGGUAUGAUACAGGAAAUGGGAAUUCAUUUGGUCUGAUGUGCUGAGAAAAGUACUACUGAUUUCUCUGAAGCAAUGACACAAGGUCGUGAUGUUCCAGCUGCCUUUCCCUCCCUGCAGUUUACUUAACUUGAGAGCACUUUUCUUUGUUCCUGUUUGCACUAUUUUGAUAAGCAAGUGUUCAUAAAUUGUAUUGAGAAAUAGAGAACGUUUUGUAGAUACCAUGUUAGAGUCUGUCAGAACAGCAGCCUGAAGGGGCACAGAAAAGGAGCCAAUGUUUGCGUUCGCUGAACAGAGAAGUAAGCACUUUUAUUGUCUAUUUGGUACUUUGGGCACAAUUGUGAACCUUUUCUUUCUUUCUUGAUGUAACUUGUAGAAAAAGUAGCCAUUAUGCUAGUUACUGUGUAAUGAAAAUAACGCUCACCCCCUUCUUAAACUUACCCUGGUAUGAGAAGUGUUUGAAACGCAAAAAAGCCUGGUUCCUGUCAUCCUCAGGUUGAGCUUAUAUACCUAAGUGCUUUGCCAAAUGACUUCUAACGUAAUGGAUUAAAAAAGUGUUGGUUAUUGUCCUUUUCUAACAGUAAUAAGUGUGAAAAAUUAUUUACAGACUCUCAUGUUUUCAAAUUUACUAGUUUUAUAGAUGUUUAUACUUUGAGCAUUUUUAGGUGUGAAUCAAAUGGAAAAUGGACAUUAGUAAAUUCUUAAUUCUCCAACAUACACAGAUGUAUACUUUUUAUUAAAAAAUGUAUAUUUUAUUCUUAUGAACAAUGUAAAUAUUUUGUAAGGCCUC